AUGGAGUACAAUGGGCAGUUUCGUGGUGGUCGAGGUGAACGUGGCUUUGGAUAUGAAGGGAAAAAAGGAAAAGGAAGUCGAGGAAGAGGACGAGGACGGGGACAAGGUGGUGGACGUAGAUGUAGAGAUAGAGGUAACUUUAAUCUCUUACAACAGCGCCAUGAAGAGCAGGGAUACACAGAAGGUUACGUAAACUCACAACAUCGGUAUUCACCACCACCACAACAGCAACAUCACUAUAGCAAUGGAAAUAGUUACUUGAUGCAUGGUACUACUUUGGAAUCUUCUAGGUAUUUGGAGCAUCAGUAUCAAUUACGACACCAGAAAAAACUGAAGCAAUAUCAACCAUUCGAGAUUGCCCAGGAUCAGUAUCAACAGCCGCAAUUUCAGCAACAAGACUAUACAAGUGAUGGUAGAAAAGGAGACACGAAUGGCAAUUCGUCUCUAUUUCAUCCACCGAUAGAUAAAUAUGAAUUUCAGCCCCAACCAGUGUGUCUACAACAAUAUCAGCAACCACCUCCUCCGCAAUAUCAGCAGCCUCCGCCUCCUCCUCUACAUCAGAAGUACCAGAACGAAAGCUCUACGUACCUUGCCAAUCUACCAAAGCCGCCGAUGCCGAUAACUGCACAACCAGCAGCAGACUACGCAGAAGCUGCACCACCAAAUGAAAAUGUGUCCAAGACCCAGCAUAUGUCUUACCGAGAGCGGAGUCAACCUCCGCCGCUAUUGUACCAACAGCUGCAGCAACAGCCUCCAUUACCACUUGUACCACAACAUUUACGUGGUGACUGGAACUAUUUACCUCAACAGAGUCAACAGUGGCAACAACGUUCACAUCAGCAACAACAAUUUGAUAGGGAGCACGCGCACCAAGGACUACACCCGAAAGAUCAGCGCCAAACCCAGAGAAACCAGCAUCCACGCUUCCAGGAGCGUCGACAAAACAAUAAGCAGCAGCGAACACCCCCGCCGUCAUACAUCUGCCACAACUGCAAUCAAUCUGGCCACUGGAAGCAGUAUUGUCCGCUUUUUGAUAAACAAAAGAAUUCAUUUCAGCAGCGCUGUUAUUCUGAAAUAGGGCCUGACCAGCAGUUAUGCUUCGACGCUGGCUCAGAUUCGCACGAUCCUAGAAGAUCUUGUGGGCCUCACAACGAGUUUUCUCCGAGGUUUGAAGCGAAAAAUGAGCUUCGUAGACAGCCACCUUUACCUAAUGGCCCAGCUCCCCCGCUUCCUUCCAAUCCGCAGCUUAGCAGCAUCGGUUCAUGCGCUCAGCCACUGCCACCUCAGUCUAGUCAACAGCUUGUAAGCGCGUUGUUGCCGCACAUUACGAAACAUCGCAUGGACAGUACUCAGGUCAAGGACUGA